UGUUAACUUUUCUUGCGGGUUUUAUUUCUGACAAAGAUUUACAUUUCAUCAUUCACGAUGAAUACCUCGGUAAUUUUUUGCAAUUCCGAAUUUGUUAACUCGUCAAACUUGUCGUGUGUGAACCGAACCGUCCCGUCUUACAGCGUCAUUGACAUCGCGUCCUUCAUGCACGUCUUCCCCACUGUCUACGGCAUCCUGUGUUCAGUUGGAGUUCUGGCCAACAGUUUGGUUAUUUAUUCUGUGGCAUCAAGCAAGAAAAAGAUGGUCUCCGAUAUUUACAUGCUGAAUUUGGCCAUCGCAGACCUGCUCUUUCUGUUGGUGAUGCCCUUUAACAUCCAUCAGCUGGUGAGGGACAGGCAAUGGGUCUUUGGGCACUUCAUGUGUAAGGCUGUGGUGGUGGUGGAUGUGAGUAAUCAAUUUACCACAGUGGGGAUAGUGACUGUGCUCUGCAUUGACAGGUACUCUGCCAUCGUACAUCCAACGUCAGAAAAGAGGACCAUUCAAUGGACCAUUAUCAUCAACAUUAUGGUGUGGGUGGGCAGCUUUCUUCUGAGUAUCCCAGUCAUGAUAUACACUAAAGUGGUCUCUAAAAAGCACCUGAACAUGUGUAUGCUAUACUUGGAUGGACCAAAGGAUAUGUACUGGUACACGCUCUAUCAGUCCACAUUGGGUUUUAUUGUCCCCUUGAUCAUUAUCAGCACAUUUUACACUCUCACAUUGUACCACGUGUUCCGCUCCAUCCGACGGGUCAAACGCAAGCAGUCCUUGUGGGCCAAACGGGCUACUAAGACAGUGCUGAUGGUGAUCGCCCUGUUCCUGGUCUGCUGGUCCCCUUACCAUGUCAUCCAGGUCAUCAACCUCAGCAUCCAACAGCCCACCAAUGCAUUUGUCUACGCAUACAACAUUAGCAUCUGCUUAAGCUAUUCUCACAGCUGCAUCAACCCUCUCAUGCUGCUCAUCUUCGCCCAGAACUACCGCGAUCGCAUCUGCCGUCGCAAGGAACUGUACUCCCAGACCAGCGUGUCCAAGACCACCUUCAAAACCGACGGAGGCUCUAGCAUCAGUCCGGACACCAGUCACCGGUGCACUGUCAUCUAAUGGCCACCGAGUCCUGAUGGACGUGCUUACUGAGAAAAGCAAGAGAAAAUGGAGCCCUGCACUGCAUCACUUGCUUCACCAGUGUCAAUUGUACGGUAGACUUCUCAAAUGGAAAAACUGUGAAUUCCGCAGUGAACAGAACUUUCAAGAGGGAUGAUGGAGUGAAUCAGCAGUGUGACUGAAGUGCCAAUGAGCUGACAGGUCACUCGACUGUGUUUUGUGUCACUCUCUUGAAAACUGACUGUAAUGUCCUGUUACUGUAUUGCUGUUCAUUGAUCUGUUGUAAAAACCAGCCUGAUAUCAUGAACAUUCUGUGAAUGUGGCGACAUUUUUGAAAAAUGACAUUACAUAGUUCAGUACACAUAUUGCGGUAGUUCUGAGGUUAAAUGUCCAAUGUUCUCCAAACAGAUUAUCCCUCAAGUUAACAAAUUUUAAAUCAACAAAACCUACCUCCCUACCCUGUACCUCAAACUCAAACCUGUACCCAACUGACAGUGUCAUAAAUGCAAAUGUAAGAUGAAAAACACAAUUGCUGAGGCAACCACGUCAUUUUGUGGUGUUUCUAUGACACUUUAUCUCAUGUGUCGUCUCUGAACUUGUACCCCCGGUCCUACUUGAUUGCACCUGUGAUAAAUGUGCUUAAACUGUGGAGGGUGUGGUAAGGGACCAUCCGAAACCGUCAGCCAUCAGAACCCUGAAAUCUGCAGAAAACAUCAGAAAUCUGCCGUUUUACUUAUGAUCUGUGUGAAAGUAAAUAAAAGUCAUUGUUGUUGCAGUGCCAGUUGUUGAAACUGCCACGAUAAAUACAAAAAGCCACGUAAAAAUUAUUUUUGGCAAAAAUGUAGGUAUAGUAAUGUGAUUCUAUGAGACCAGGUUGUUAAAAACAAUUAAAUGGUCAAGUGUUUGUCGUACUUUGUCCUUAAAGACUUUUAAGAUGCAAAAAAAAAAUAAUGUCUUGUUUCCAGUAAAAACAUCUAAAUAUCCUACAUUCAUUUACUUCAGAAGAAAAAAUGUGUAAGCUAAUAAGAU